AUGGCAAGUGGGGGGCAAGCUCCCACCGCAAUCUCCCAGUGCGCUCCCACUCCUUCUUGGGCCCAAAUUGCCUCCAAACACACUUCAACCCAAGACCUCUCUCCACUCCAUAAUCCCUCAGUCCUUAACAAACUAAAGGAAACUACUUCCGAUUUCAUUAAACUUGAUGCAGAUACUCUGAGUCGUGCUCGCCUGCGUUUUCAGCAUUCUUUGUUUGGGAAAUUCUUCGGUAAGCCUCCCUCUUUCGAGCAAGUGAAGCUGUUUCUCUUGAAGAAGUGGGAAAACUUUGGUGAGUUUCUUAUUUCGGACUUGCCUAACGGCUUUCUCCUCAUCCGCUGCUCUUCUCAAACUGCUAUGCAACAUUUGCUUUCUGAUGGUCCAUGGACCAUUAAUGGCAUCAUCUUGCAGUUGUCUCCAUGGAAACCGUACUUUGAACCAAGCUUUACUAAACUCACUACUGCGGCAAUAUGGAUUCAACUCCAUAAUCUACCGAUCGAGUUCUGGAGUGGUGACACUCUGGAAACCAUUACUAAUCAUCUGGGCAGGCUGUUGAAAAUCGAUGAGCUUACACUAUCACUUACUCGUACUAAAUAUGCUCGUGUUUGCCUUGAACUUGAUUUAUCCAAACCCCUGUGUAAGGGUUUUACGGCUCGCGAUGACUCUCAUCGGAUCUUCACGAUUGUUCUCUAUGAGCGUCUACCGACCUUCUGUUACUCUUGUGGGGUGAUUGGUCAUGGUUCUAAUUCCUGUAGUCGUUCUCCAGCCACUGGGAAGGCUACUGUCUCGCAGCCCCCUCGUCCUUCGCGAGGGAAGGAGGUCAGACAGGAGCCUUAUCCUUCAGUGGCUGGGCUUGAUGCUGGUCCUGUUCCUCCUUCCCCUGUUCAUGCAAGUUAUGCGCCUGUGGAAAAAUUCGCUCGAUGA